AUGAAUUUGCCGACGAAGCGUUGGGAAAUCGUCCAUCUAUCAAAAGAGGUGGCCAUCAUCGACUACGACGUUUUUGACCGCCAGGAGGCCGAGGUGCUGCUGCGAAAUCUGGAGGCAGAUUUCCGCGACCAAGGUUUGGCGGUAGAUGAAGAUCCGCUCAUACUUCCGGAACUCCCGCCAAACAUCCUGGGCAGUAUUAUGAGCCACCUCGAUGAGAACAGCUUCUUGGAAGUGGCCAGAUCACACCAAAAUCUGCUCGAGGCCACGCGGCUAAUGAAAAACAAGAGCUUCUACUGCGUGGAUUGGCAACGCGACAAGGUGACGUUCACACAUCGCGAGGCGCCCUCGUUGCUGCGAAUGCCCUGGUCGUGGACUUUCGAUGAGGCGGACGUGUUGCUGAUGGGCGCAAAGGUGCGCUGGAUGGCGCACGAUCUGGGCGCUCGACCCCCGAAUGCGGUUGGCCUUCGCGUGCAGCUUCUGACGUUUUGCGGCCGCGAUGAGGAUGCGAGGAAUGCGGCGAAAUUGGCGAAAGCUUUGGAUCCCUGCGAGGUGACGAUCCCGAGCCGUGCCGACGCGCACUUCUUGACCGACCGGAUGCUACGCUACCUGCGCAACUCUCGGCAUCUCCGCAAUGCCCAUCUGGGCUAUAUUCGUGUGGACGAGCUGAAGCACAUGCUGGAGUGGCGAAUCGGCGGGCUCGACGCCAUUCUGUGCGAUCCAGAUGGCCGGAUCCCCACCGAGUUGCUGACGGUCGUCCAGGAGAUGCACAACCAGUGGAAAAGCGGGCGACGGGCCCUCCGUCAAGUUCGAAUCGAGUUCCCCUAUCCGCUGCCACUCGAUCCAAGGAUUGCUGCGACUUGUAUGGCAGCCGGAUACGAACGGCUGUCGACGUCGGUCGAUACGGCGGGCACAAUGACCUCCUUGAAGCUGCGCGUACCCCACCGGAAUGUCGGCCUGCUGAUCGGCCACCACGGCGAGACAAUCCGGCGCAUCGGGAGGGAGUGCGGACUUCACAAAAUUGACAUUGAAAGAUACGCCUGCCCGGACGCGCCCGAUUUUCGCGAGGUGACGCUGCGCGGGCCCGCAGCUGCCAUUGAACUCGCCAAGCCGCAGGUCAUCGAGGUUACAUCCAACAGAUCGGUGGGCUGGGUGACGUUGCCCGCCGACAGGGUUCCGCGCGUCAUCGGCACCAACGGCGACACCAUCAAGGGCAUCAAGGCUCGCAGCGGCGCGCAAAUCGACGUGCUGACCGAUCGGCCGCGGCGGGAAGGCGAGGUGUCGUGCAGAAUCAUCGGAAGCGAGCAAGCGAUUGCCGACGCGAAGCGCGAGAUCUACGACGUGCUGUGCAUGGGCGUCACCAGCGAAGAAGCACGAUCCCCGCCCUCGCCACAGCAGCAGCCAUCAAUCCAGAAGACCCUCUGCAACGACGUCAAGGAAAUGGCCACCGUCCCCGGAUUCGACUUUUAUCGACAGAUCCCGGUUCCGCAGGACGAGUUCGGCCCGGUGAUCGAGACGUGCGGCGCCAUGUUGAGGCGCAUCGCCGCCGACGCCAACAGCAAGAUCACCGUCAAGGAGAAUGAAAGCAGCUGCGGCGCCGCGCGCAUCGCCCACGUCUGGUCCCGCACUGAGGCCGACCUCGAAACGGCGACGUUGGCCUUCCACCAAUUCUGCAAGGAACGGUCGCGCAGCAGCCAGAUUGGCACCGAGGAGACCCUCUUCGUCGAGGUGCCGAACGCUCGUGUCGGCCAAUUCGUCAAGGCCAUUCCGUCGAUUAAAGCCGUCACUGGAGCGGAAAUCCGUCUGGGCGGCAAUUGGGACGACGAGGGCAAGCCGUAUCGCCUCUUCAGCAUCACCGGCACGGCCGACGAGGUCAAGCAGGCCAAGGAGAUUUGUCAAAAGGCGGCCUCCGACAAGCCCUACAUCCCCACCGACGAGCAGCUGGCCCAGCUGGCAAUUGAGACGGUUGAGCUGAAUCCGUGGGCUGACGACGCGGCCUCGGCAAUGCAGCCACGUGCCUUUCUGCCGCCGUGGUUGAACGACAUGCAGCCGGUUCCGCUCAAUUUCCGCAGCCCCUCAGCGGAUCAGUACGGCCCACAACCCGACGACGCUCACAAGUGGCUCGAAUACUACCGGAAGGUCGGCCUCGUCGAUCAGGCCCGUGUCAUUGAAGCCCUCAUCAAGGCUCGCGGCUGGAAGCAA